AUGUCGCGGCGAGGAGGUGGACCCGUGACGGUCCUGAACGUGGCGGAGAAGCCGUCCGUGGCGAAGUCAGUGGCCGGGAUUCUAUCCCGUGGAAGUUUCCGGACUCGGGAGGGUAGGUCUCGGUACAACAAAAUCUUUGAGUUCGAUUACGCCAUCAAUGGCCAGCCAUGUCGUAUGAUGAUGACCUCCGUCAUCGGCCACCUGAUGGAGCUCGAGUUCGCCGAUCGAUUCCGGAAAUGGCACUCCUGCGACCCGGCAGAUCUAUACCAAGCUCCGGUCAUGAAACACGUCCCCGAGGAUAAAAAAGAUAUUAAGAAGACAUUAGAGGAGGAAGCAAGGAAAAGCGAUUGGCUUGUGCUGUGGCUUGAUUGUGAUAGAGAAGGCGAAAACAUUGCAUUUGAAGUUGUAGAUGUUUGCACAGCUGUCAAACAUAAUCUUUAUAUCCGAAGGGCUCAUUUCUCUGCGUUAAUUGAAAGGGAAAUUCAUGAGGCAGUUCAGAAUCUUAGAGAGCCUAAUCAGUUGUUUGCUCAGGCUGUUGAUGCUAGACAAGAAAUAGACCUACGCAUUGGUGCUUCUUUCACUAGAUUUCAGACUAUGCUACUGAAAGAUAGGUUCUCUAUCGACUCCACGGGUGGUGAGGAGAGGAGUCGUGUUAUAAGUUAUGGUCCUUGUCAGUUUCCUACACUUGGCUUUAUUGUAGAGAGAUACUGGGAGAUCCAGGCACAUGAACCAGAAGAGUUUUGGACAAUCAACUGUUCUCACGAAUCAGAAGAAGGCCUUGCCACCUUUCAUUGGAUGCGUGGUCAUCUCUUUGAUUAUGCUUCAGCUGUCAUAUUAUAUGAGAUGUGUGUCCUGGAACCUACUGCCACCGUUAUGAAUGUUCCACAUCCGAGGGAAAAAUUCAAAUAUCCUCCUUAUCCUUUGAACACCAUUGAACUUGAAAAACGUGCUUCGAGAUACUUUCGCUUGAGCUCAGAGCAUACCAUGAAGGUUGCAGAAGAGUUAUAUCAGGCUGGUUUCAUCAGCUAUCCUCGUACGGAGACUGAUUCUUUUUCGAGCAGGACUGAUUUACGUGCUAUGGUGGAGGAACAAACAAGACAUCCUGCAUGGGGUCCAUAUGCACAAAGGUUAUUAGAACCUGAGGGGGGGCUCUGGAGAAACCCUGGGAACGGUGGUCAUGAUGACAAGGCUCACCCACCUAUUCACCCAACUAAAUUUUCUAGCGGAGAGUCUAACUGGAGCAGAGAUCACCUUAAUGUAUAUGAGCUAGUCGUCCGCCAUUACCUAGCAUGUGUUUCCCAGCCAGCAGUUGCUGCUGAAACUACAGUCGAAAUUGAUAUUGCCGGCGAGGGCUUUUCUGCAUCUGGGAGAGCAAUAUUAGCUAAAAAUUAUCUUGAGGUGUACCGCUUUGAAUCAUGGGGAGGUUCAGUGAUUCCAGUGUACGAAAAAGGGCAGCAGUUUAUUCCUACACGUUUGACUCUUGAUUCAUCCAUAACAAGGCCACCACCGCUAUUAAGUGAAGCUGAUUUACUGAGUUGUAUGGACAAGGCAGGAAUUGGUACCGAUGCGACAAUGCAUGACCACAUAAAGAAACUCCUUGAUCGGGGUUAUGCUACAAAGAAUGCUAAUAUGCAGUUUUCUCCAACCAACCUGGGUGAGGCACUUGUUAUGGGAUAUGAUGACAUGGGGUAUGAACUUUGGAAACCAAAUCUCAGAGCCAUCAUGGAACAUGAUAUGAAUGAAGUUAGUCAUGGCAGAAAGACUAAAGCUGAAGUUCUUCAAACUUGUUUGCAGCAAAUGAAAGCUUGUUUCUUAGAUGCAAGAGUAAAAAAAUCAAAGCUACUAGAAGCAAUGACAAUCUUCUUUGAAAGAUCUAAUAAUACGGAUGAAGGUGAAAAUCAGACAGCUGGUGAAGUUGUCCGGCGAUGUAACCUUUGCCAUGAAUCAGAUAUGGCGCUCAGGAAGAAUCAGGGUGGCAAUUUUAUGGUUGGAUGCAUGAGUUAUCCUCAUUGUCGUAAUGCAGUUUGGCUUCCUGGACCUACGUUGGAAGCAUCUGUCACUACUGAUGUUUGUCAAUCUUGUGGUCCAGGUCUUGUCUACAAGAUACGUUUCAGGUUUCGUCAGAUUGGAAUUCCACCAGGAUUUGAAGUUAAUCACUUAGGCUGUGUUGGUGGCUGUGAUGACAUUCUUAAACAAUUGAUAGACAUAUGUGGAACUGGAUCCCGUUCUCAAGCAAGGAGCGCUCCAGGUGCACCACCAAACAAUUUCCAAGGAAGCAACACAAGACAGCAGAACAAUGCACCACCAAACAAUUUCCAAGGAAGCAACACAAGACAGCAGAACAAUGCACCACCAAACAAUUUCCAAGGAAGCAACACAAGACAGCAGAACAAUGCACCACCAAACAAUUUCCAAGGAAGCAACACAAGACAGCAGAACAAUGCCUGCAUACACUGUCAACAACGAGGACAUACUUCUGCUAAUUGUCCCUCACGGGUUUCAGGAUCUCGAAAUCCUCGUCCUACUGGUACAAAUCCGAGAAACGAUGAAGCUACAGUAUCAUGUAACACUUGUGGAACACCAUGUGUUCUUCGUACAGCCAACACAGAAGCUAACAGGGGAAGAAAAUUCUUCUCAUGUCAAUCACAAGGCUGCAGUUUCUUCGCAUGGGAAGAUAGCAUCAGCAACGGUACUGGGAAUGCAACAGCAGGGUCUAAUAGCGGUGGAAGCGGUGGUAGACGCGGUCGUGGCCGUGGCCGUGGAGGUAGAGGCGGUCAAAGCGGUGGAGGACGUGGCCGCGGCCGCGGAACAAGCUUCGUCUCUGCAACUGGAGAGCCAGUGGGUGGCACAAGGUGCUUCUCUUGUGGUGAUCCUUCACAUUUUGCUAAUGCUUGUCCUAAUCGUAACUCUAACGGUAACUAUUAG